AUGUCUCUAUCAAAUUGUGUCAGCGAUGAAGUUAAAACACCAUUUCUUCCAAAACACUCUCAUCAUGAAAGACUGCAUUACCUUAAAAGUUUCUUUGCUCUUCUCUCCCUCUUCGCAAGAGAAGCAAUCUCCAUUGUAAGAAUCGCUUACCCAUUGAUUAUCACAAACGGUCUCCUCCACUUCCGCUCCUUCAUAUCUAUGUUCUUCCUAGCCGGUCUUGGUGGCCCCACUCUUGCAGGUGGAUCCCUCGCACUCGCAUUUGCCAACAUCACCGCUUACUCGUUAUUCUCCGGUUUAACCAUGGGCGUUGACUCAAUUUGCUCACAAGCCAUUGGUGCAACACGCUAUAAACUCUUUCGGGCAACAAUCCAUCGAGGAAUAAUCCUACUCCUCGUCACAACUCUCCCUGUUUUUCUUCUAUGGAUAAACAUAGAGAGGAUUCUGACAAUGUUAAAACAGGACGAGGAGCUCGCAUCCACAGCACACACCUUUCUGCUUUACUCUGUUCCAGAUCUCAUCGCUCAAUCUUUCUUACACCCAUUAAGAGCUUAUUUCAGGACACAGUCAAAGACUCUACCUUUAUCAAUAUGCACAGGGAUUGCAAGUGUUCUCCACUUUCCGAUUACGUUCCUCCUCGUGUCAUACCUCGGUUGUGGGAUCAAAGGUAUUGCUUUGAGUGGUGUUCUGUCAAAUUUCAACCUUGUCGCUUUUCUCUUCAUCUACAUAGCUUUCUUCGAAGACAAUCUAAGAAAAGAUGAAAAGGUGUCAGAGGAGUCGUAUGAAGAUAGUGUGAGAGAAUGGAAGAAGCUUCUUGGUCUUGCGGUACCCAGUUGUGUCGCAGUUUGUCUCGAGUGGUGGUGCUAUGAGAUCAUGAUUGUGCUUUGUGGGUUACUUAUAAACCCUAAAGUAGCUGUUGCUUCAAUGGGUAUUCUCAUCCAAAUUACUUCACUUGUUUACAUUUUCCCUCAUUCAUUAGGCUCCGCAGUCUCGACUCGUGUCGGAAACGAGCUGGGUUCGAACCAGCCACAGAGAGCGAGAAGAGCCACCUUUGUUGGACUUGGUCUCAGCAUCGCCCUCGCGUUCAUGGCUUUCAUCUUCACUUUCUCAGUCAGAAAGGUAUGGGCUACGUUUUUCACGGAUGAUGAAAAAGUCGUUAAUUUUACUGUGAUGGUUCUGCCAAUUGUUGGCCUUUGCGAGCUAGGAAACUGCCCUCAGACGGUCGGAUGCGGCGUUCUCAGAGGGUCGGCGAGGCCGAGGAUGGGAGCUAAGAUCAAUAUAGCGGCGUUUUAUGUGAUUGGUUUGCCUGGAGGAAUGGUUCUAGCAUUUUGGUUUGGGUUUGGAUUUAUGGGACUUUGGCUCGGGAUGCUCGCAGCGCAGAUAUCAUGUAUGAUUGGUAUGAUGGUGGCAACGUGUAAAACUAAUUGGGCAUUUGAGGCGGCAAGGGCUAGGGAGCUAACUGCACCGGAUGACGUCAGAAACUGCAGCCAUGUGGAAGAUGUGGAGGUUGGAAAGUUGAUAAUUAGAGAGGAGUGA